AUGGAGAGCACUCUUGAUGUCUCGGGUUUAAGCGAAUCAAACUACAGCAUGUGGGCUGUUAAGAUGAAGAUCAUCAUGCGUUCUCUAGGGGUAUGGUCAGUGAUUGAAGGCACAGACAGAGAUGAUGACAAAGAUCAAGGAGCAAUGGUGGCUAUAUCUCAGGCAAUGCCAGACGAUGUCAUGAUGGCAAUUGCAGAGAAGCAGUCGGCCAAGGAAGCCUGGGAAGCACUAAGGGAGAUGCGAGUCGGCGAAGAUCGUGUCAAGAAGGCACGAGUACAGGUGCUAAAACGACAACUGAACAAGUUACAAAUGGAGGACUCUGAAAAGGUAAAUGAGUACUCUAUGAAACUUACCACGCUGGUGGCUGAAAUUCGAUCACUUGUCACGAAACUCGAUGAUAGCGAAUAUCAGAGGCAAUUGCUCGUCUCAGAACCUUUGAGGAAGGGCUUAAAGGUCGAGAGCUGUCAAAGGGCAGUGGAGAUCAACUACUUCUCACUCAGGCUGAGUGGGAGGCUAAGUGUGCAAAAGGGAAGAAAGAUAGAAAUUUCAACAGCACUAAAAAAGGAGGCUAUCACGGAAGAGGUCGAGGACGUGGACGUGGACGUGGUCAAUAUGGAGGUCGAGGAAAUGGCGGUCGCACUGGUGUUGAGCGGAGAGCUCGAAAUUUUGACAUAUCCAAGCGAAGACGAGGCAUUCGAAGCGUUUAAGAAGGUCAAAAUUGCAGCUGAAAUUGAGAAAGACAGUAAGCUCAAAGCUUCGCGCACGGACCGAGGUGGAGAAUUCACCUCAAAUGAGUUCAAGCAAUAUUGUGAACAGAUGAGAAUUAAGCGUUAUCUAACGGCGCCAUAUUCUCCUCAGCAAAAUGGAAUUGUUGAACGAAGUAAUCAGACGGUUGUCAGCAUGGCACGGAGCUUGUCGAAAAGCAUGGAUGUCCCAGAUCGAAGUAAGAAAAUGGUGUUCAUUGGAUAUGACAGGAAUACGAAAGGCUAUCGGGUGUUUGAUCUAGUGACAAGACGAGUUGUGGUGUCACGAGAUGUAGUGUUUGAGGAAGAGAAGAAGUGGGAGUGGAACAAAGUUCCAGUGAAAGAAACACGGGCAGUAGGGAACACAACAUCACAAAAAUAUUUUACUGUUGAAGGUAUGUUUGAUACAGAAAAUCGGGAAAAUGAACAGAGUAUCAGUGAUUCUGGUAUUGACAUAGGAAAUUCUGGUUCAAACUCACCACGUACUCCAGAAGUUAAUGGGGAUGAAUUUUUCGAAUCAGUUCAACCUGAAAUGUUUGAGGAAAGUUCAUCAGUCGGUCCGUACCGUGGAAAGCGAGAUCUUAAAACACAUGAAGGUUUGGAAGUGCACCAUAUGGAUGUAAAAUCUGCUUUCCUUAACGGCGAAUUGGAAGAGGAUGUAUAUGUUAUCCAGACACCGGGUUUCGAGAUUAAAGAAGAAGAGCAUAAGAUGCUGAAAUUACACAAAGCUUUAUACGGUUUGCGACAAGCACCUAGAGCCUGGAAUUCGAAACUGGAUAAAUCACUUAAGGUACUCGGUUUUGAGAAGUGUUCUUUAGAGCAUGCUGCGUAUACCAGAAGUCAGGAGAAAAAGAAUUUGAUUGUUGGAGUAUACGUGGAUGAUUUAAUUAUCACGGGAGAGAGCACUCAAGAUAUCGGCAAAUUUAAAUCUCAGAUGAAAAAGUUGUUCAGCAUGAGUGACCUUGGGUUACUUAGUUAUUAUCUGGGAAUUGAAGUUUGUCAGACUCCUUAUAAAAUUACUCUAAAUCAGUCAGCUUAUGCGAGAAAAGUAUUAGAUAAGUGUGGGAUGAAGGAUUGCAAUUCCACACAUAUUCCGAUGGAGCCACGUUUGAAGCUGAACAAAGAGAGUACUCACCCUCCAGUUGAUAAAACCUUGUACCGAAGUGUAGUUGGUAGCUUGAGAUACCUAUUGCACACGCGACCAGAUUUGGCGUUUUCAGUCGGUAUGGUGAGUAGACACAUGGAGAAGCCUAUGACAGAGCAUAUGGCAGUAGUAAAGCACAUAUCGCGCUAUGUGAAAGGUACUCUAAAUCUCGGUUGUGCUUAUGAGAAAAAUGAAGGAGUUUUGGAGCUGGUGGGAUAUUCCGACACUGAUCUAGCUGGUGAUAUCAAUGACAGUGAUCUAGCAGCAGCGUGUCAAGGAGUAUGGCUGGGGCGAUUGCUAGCAGAUUUAUUAAAGAUCGAGGUUAAAAAAAUGGUGUUGAAGAUCGAUAAUCAGUCCGCAAUUGCAUUGAGCAGGAACCCAGUUUAUCAUGAGAGGAGUAAGCAUAUCGAUACCCGUUUUCACUACAUCAGGGACUGCAUUGAAUCAGGGAUGAUCGAAAUUCAACACGUUUGCACAAAAGAUCAGAGUGCUGAUAUUCUGAGUGCUGAUAUUCUGACUAAAUCACUGGCAAAACCAAAGUUCCAGGAAAUGAGAGAAAGGAUUGGUGUGAAGACCAUUGGAAGAGAACAACAAGCUUAA